UGGAAAGAGAAAACGUGUUUAUUAUGUACCCAUUUCUAAACUUUAUUAUAUUAUAAAAUCCAGUAAUAUAAAGUUCCCUAGGAGACAGUAUCAAUCUGCUCUCUUGCUCCUCCUCUUUCAGAUUUCUUCAAAAAGGUGAGAGUUUUUACUUUAUUUCUGUUUUUUUUCAGUUAUAUUUUACAGUGCCUAACUUAAAACUGGCAAUUGUACCUACCUGUACAAUUGAUAGUUUUACAAGGUGCCCAAUUAAGUUUUCCUUAUUUCCUAUGAGAAAACUUGUAUAUACAGUAAAUUGUUGAACUUAAAAUUGUGUUUCUUAGAUUGGAACAGCUUCUGCACAUUUGUGUUGGUUUCACUGUAUACUGUAGAACUUCUGCCAGUUUUCUCAUAGCGAAGCAUGUCAAUAUUAAUGUAAUACAUGCAUAUCCAAAAGCAGUGUUUCUCAAAAUGUGGUAUGCGGGUUGCCUCUAGAAGAAAUAUACAAACUGUGCAUAAUGUUUCUACAGUACAUCUGUAAAUUACAGUUUAUAUUUUUUAACUUCAAUACAUUUGCAGCUAAUCUUUUAGAACAGUUUCUUUUAAAAUGUUUAUUUAGGUUUACUUUUUUUUUUAAUAACCUGUGUGAGAUGCAUUUUAAAUUACUACGGGCCUACUAAGCAACUAUUUUAAUGUUGGUCUCUAUGGUCGUACUUGGAGAAUCAAGUUGUUUUAGGUAAUACUUUGUGCACAAAGUUUGAGAACCGCUGCACUAAAGUAUGUAACUCAUAUAAAAGUAACGUCGUUCUAUAUUUGUAUACACUAUAAAUACAGAAUGUUACAUUCACUCGGGUCCAAACAUCAACUAUAAAGAUAUCUCUGAAAAUGUUUUUAUUAAAAAAAAGUAGAACUUGUUUUUAAAUGAUUUAUGAUUAUUAAAAAAAAAUGCUUCACAUUUUGAAGGAAUUUUUUAUACCUUUUAUAGGUGGACAUUUUUUGGUUGGUAGUUUCUCUAAAUUUUAACUGAACUUUAAACCUCAGCGCUAAUUUAAAAGAAAAAAAAUUAGGGUUUGGACUGUUUUAUGUUAUAUCAUAAGUUGAUGUGCAGUAUAUGUCAAUCUAAUAGAAAUACCAGAUGUAGUUUAUGUUUGGGUCCCACUGCACUGAUUUCAAACUAAUGAUAUGGUGGCGCAUGUGUCCGUCCCACAGGGCAUCUUGUAACCUGCAGCGCGACCCAUAUUUUGGCUUGUAAUCCAGGUGGCGGUGGUGUGCGACCUGUGUGGGAGCAACAAUGAAGUACUAAAGAAACAAAAGAGCACGUUGGAGCCUGAGACUGAAAAGAGACGACAACAUUGUGUCACCCCUUUGGCUAGAGUUGCUGACAGGGGAUAACCCUUUAAAAUGGCCCCCCUCUCUCCUGUCGUGCCCCUCUCAUCCACAUGCACAAACACACACACUGACUGACCACUACUAUGCACCUAAAGACAUAUCUUCUCUAACAAACACAGGAGACCGUCAACAGCAGCAGCAACACCUGAGGACCACAAAGGAACAUCGGCAAACAAGUGUGAUCGCCUCUGAAGCAGGAGAGCGCUCCAAAGGGGGUUGGGGAAAAAAGGUAUACAGCUCCUCAUUUCAUAUUUUAAGAAUAAACAUAAAUAUCUGAGAAGACUAUCUGCAGCCUCUUUGCCGCUAAGUCGAGAAGUGACCCAAGCAGCCUUAUCAUGAUCGAGAGUGAGAGAGAGCUGUCCGCCAUGGUGCAGGAACUGUGGGACAACGACGUCAACAGACUACGACCUGGAAAGGACUACAGAAUAUCAUUGCAGGGCAAAGCUGGAGACAACAUGGCCAUCAAUGACGAUGACAACGAUGGAGCAGGAUAUCCUCUGUUCAAAUUUGUCGAUGAGAAUAUUUUCCAAAAGGAGACCUUUUUAGCCUUUAUCUCCUUGUUGGAUAAUUAUGUGAGUGACACCGGGGAGCCAGAGAUUGUAACCCCUGAGGAGGUGGCGGAGAACCACAAGUUUCUGGACUCUAUUGUUAAGACUCCCACAAUGAAGAUAGCUCAUAAAUAUCUGGUGGAGAAGAAGCUCUCCCCGCAAGAUGAGACACAGUUCAAGGAGCAGCUCUACAGAAUCUGGUUUGAACUCUACGCAAGGAGAGGAUCCAGCAGGCCGGAUUCAUCGGGUUUUGAACACGUGUUUGUCGGAGAAACCAGAGGAGGGCGGACGGUCAUAGGAUUUCACAAUUGGAUCCAGCUGUAUCUGCAGGAAAAGCUGGGACACAUCGAUUACAAAGGCUACAGCGUCAACGCUAACUCGCCGCAGCCGGACGAGAACAAACACAUCUUGGCCCUGCAGUUCAGCUGGAAGAACGGCAUCAAGCCCAAAGGCAGCAUCUUCAUCGGCGUCAGUCCCGAGUUCGAGUUCGCCCUCUACACCCUGUGUUUCCUCAGCUCGCCCAAUGAGCGGGUCAAAGUCCAGUUCAGUUUCUAUGAUGUGGAGAUCGUGUGCCACCACUACAACCAGAAGCACAUAGGCACGACUUACCCCGUGCUCCUUAAGUACCAGAAAAACACUUAAUUUACAUGCCAAAAAUGUACAGGUACUGUCUUUUUAAUUUUAUUUGAAGAUACAAUAAAGCCUUACAAUACUUUG